AGCUAUAUAAACAAAGGCAUACACGAUUAAGUCUCUUCAUCAGCAACUCGCACCACCAGAAGCUAGGGUUUUUUCAAGCUUCAGUAGCAGCUCCACCAGAAAAUCAACCGAAACCAUGUCGAGGAGAAAGACCAGGGAGCCCAAGGAAGAGACUGUUACCCUUGGACCAGCAACCAGGGAGGGUGAAUUGGUCUUUGGUGUCGCUCACAUUUUUGCCUCUUUCAACGACACAUUCAUUCAUGUGACUGAUUUGUCUGGUCGGGAAACAAUGGUUCGCAUUACUGGUGGAAUGAAGGUGAAGGCUGACAGAGAUGAAUCUUCUCCUUAUGCUGCAAUGCUUGCAGCACAAGAUGUUUCUCAACGAUGCAAGGAGCUUGGAAUUAAUGCUCUUCACAUUAAGCUUCGGGCUACAGGAGGGAACAAAACUAAGACUCCUGGUCCUGGUGCCCAGUCUGCUCUUAGAGCCCUUGCUCGAUCUGGAAUGAAAAUUGGACGCAUAGAGGAUGUUACGCCUAUUCCCACUGACAGUACCCGGAGAAAGGGUGGUAGAAGAGGAAGGAGGCUGUGAAUUCUUCUCAGCAACUUGCUGCAAAGCGGAAUGCUUUGGUUAAGGAAGCAACUUUGUUUGUGUUUUACAACUUAGCUUUGAACAUUUUGUAGUCAGAGUACAAGUCAUUCUGACUUAUUAUAAUUUGGAGCUUUUUCAAUCUUGUGAGAUGGAAAAUAUUUUGUUGAGUUGGAUUAGUAAGUUGUCUUUGUCACUUAUUGUUGUUGAAAAGUGAGCUUUUUUGGUGCUGCUUCCUUGGUAA